UCGUUGUCACUGAUCGCGCGUUCCUGCCUGAAGCUCCAGCCACGGAUCCCUCUUCCCGGAGCCCAAAGUGCUGCCUUCGUCACUGAGCAACUGGGAGAGACGGCAACUUUUAUGUCCUGUGGGAUUGCAAAGCAUCUUUCUUGCUGGAUUUCACCUCCCAUCCUACUGUAUUUUAAGGAAUUACAGGCUGAUUCCCAUGGCUCUAUAGACCACAGGGAUCCACGGACGACUUCCUUCUGUGCCGCUGUCUCUCUGAUCUGCCCAUGAUGGGGCGAGAGCAGGAGCUGAUUCAGGCCGUGAAAAACGGGGAUGUGCCCGGCGUGCAGAAACUGGUGGUCAAGAUCAAAGCGUCCAAGAGCAAGCUCCUGGGAUCUGCCAAACGCCUCAACGUGAACUACCAGGAUGCGGACGGGUUCUCGGCUCUGCACCACGCGGCCCUGGGCGGCAGCCUGGAGCUCCUGGCCCUGCUGCUGGAGGCGCAGGCCACCGUCGACAUCAAGGACAGCAACGGGAUGCGGCCCCUGCACUACGCRGCGUGGCAGGGCCGCGUGGAGCCCGUGCGCGUGCUGCUGCGGGCCGCCGCCUCCGUCAACAUGGCCUCGCAGGACGGGCAGAUCCCGCUGCACCUCUCGGCACAGUACGGCCACUACGAGGUGUCGGAGAUGCUGCUGCAGCACCAGUCCAACCCCUGUCUCGUCAACAAGGCCAAGAAAACCCCCCUGGACCUGGCCUGCGAGUUCGGGCGSCUCAAGGUGGCCCAGCUGCUGCUCAACAGCCACCUGUGCGUCGCCCUCCUAGAGGGCCAGUCUAAGGACGCUGCUGACCCCAACUACACCACCCCRCUGCACCUCGCGGCCAAGAACGGGCACAAGGAGAUCAUCAGGCAGCUGCUGAAAGCCGGCAUCGAGAUCAACAAGCAGACGAAGACGGGCACGGCCCUGCACGAGGCCGCGCUCUACGGCAAGACCGAGGUGGUGCGCCUGCUGCUGGAGGGCGGCGUGGAUGUGAACAUCAGGAACACCUACAACCAGACAGCACUGGACAUCGUGAACCAGUUCACCACCUCGCACGCCAGCAAGGACAUCAAGCAGCUGCUGAGAGAGGCAUCAGGAAUCCUGAAGGUCCGAGCGUUAAAGGAUUUCUGGAACCUCCAUGACCCAACUGCUCUCAACGUCCGGGCAGGAGAUGUCAUCACGGUCUUGGAGCAGCACGCAGACGGGCGGUGGAAGGGACAUAUCCACGAUGCUCAGAAAGGCACCGAUCGGGUCGGAUACUUCCCCCCCUCCAUCGCUGAAGUCAUCAGCAAGCGCACAGGCUCGGUCCUCCCCCGCGCGGCGCCCGCGCAGCAGCGCCAGGGCCCCCCCGGGGUGCCGCGGCACCUCCCCGACGAGUGUCCACAGCCGGCGGCCCCGAGCGGCCCCGCGGCCCACGGCCACGUCGCCCUAACCCGGACGCUGCCGGGCCCUGACUGCCCAGCAGGAGACAGGAACAGCGUGGGCAGCGAGGGCAGCAUCGGCAGUAUCCGCAGCGCCGGCAGCGGCCAGAGCACCGAGGGCACCAACGGGCAGAGCACCAGCAUCCUCAUCGAGAACGCCAGGCCGCUGCCCUCCGCCGGCGAUGACCCCCAGCAGCACGUGGUGGGAGCGGAGCCCCGCAACGGGCAGCUCGGCUGCACGGCAGGGCCACUGGGGCUCCAGAGCCCCRGCAGCUGCCCCGCUGGAGACAAGGUUUUCUCCCACCAGUUCCUGCGCCCGGAGCAGCUCCUCGAGGGGAAGGACGCAGAGGCCAUUUACAACUGGCUGCGGGAGUUCCAGCUGGAGUCGUACACGGCCAACUUCCUCAACGCCGGCUACGACGUCCCCACCAUCAGCCGCAUGACCCCGGAGGACCUCACCGCCAUCGGAGUCACCAAACCGGGACACAGGAAGAAGAUCUCCACYGAGAUCGGGCAGCUCAGCAUCGCCGAGUGGCUGCCCAGCUACAUCCCGGCUGACCUGAUGGACUGGCUCAGUGCCAUCGGGUUGCCCCAGUACCACAAAAAGCUGGUGAACAACGGUUACGACUCCAUCACCAUCGUGACGGACCUAACCUGGGAAGAUCUGCAGGAGAUCGGCAUCAACAAGCUGGGCCACCAGAAGAAGAUCAUGUUGGCUGUGAAGAAGCUCAGAGACCUCCGCAAAAGCUUGAACCAAGCRGAAGCAACGCUGGCAAGACGCAAGGUCCCCGGUUCCCUGGACAUUGUCACCAUCGAGUCGCUGGAGAACGGGGAAUGCCAGUCCCCACACACGCCCAAGAUGACAACGUUCCAGGACAGCGAGCUCAGCUACGAGCUGCAGACRGCCAUGUCCAACAGCUGCCACGAGACGCUCGGCAUCAAGAGCAGCCAGGGCAUGUCGCGGAGCCAGGAGAGCAUCGGGGUGCGCUCCCGGGGCUCGGGGCACUCGCAGGACAACGUGCUGUCGCGGCGCCUCUCCAGCCCCUCGCAGGAGAGCCUGGGCAGCGGCGAGAGCAGCGGCAGCAGCGGGCAGUCCUGUGCGCAGCCCCGCAGCAAGGAGAGCCCGGCCAGGCUGCCGGGCCCACCCAGCACCGAGCCCGGCGGCCAGCCCGGCUCCCCGGCGGCGCCCAGCGGCUGCGGGGGCAGCCCGCUCAAGGAGAGGAACGUGCCCGAGGGCACGGACCAGCACCCGCGCCCAGCGGCUCCCCGGGGCGCUGGCCCUGCAGGGCCGCAAGCAGCUGCCCCCUGCACCCCGCCGCAGACCCCCGGCAAGGCGGCCACCCCGUACAUCUUCAUGUACCCCCACGUCUCCUCGAAAUCCCCACCAGCCCCUUCCCUGCUGGGGGCAGAGCAGCCCCGGAGCCUGGCGCAGCCCUUCGCCUCCUUCUCCCCCAGCCAGAAGAGCGGCCUGCAGGCGGCGGCCCAGAAAACCUUCUCCUACCUGCACAGCCAGUGCGGCCCCGCGGAGGCGGCCGCCGCGCCGGGCGCCCGGCAGCCCGCCGAGCAGCACAGCGGCAGCGACGGCGCCAAGCACAAGAAGCGAUCRCACAGCCUGAACCGCUACGCGCUGUCGGACGGGGAGCACGAGGAGGAGGACGGCGUGUGCACCAGCACCCUGGGCUCCUACGCCACCCUGACACGGCGCCCGGGCCGGAGCCAGACGCCCCGGGCUUAUCUGCAAGCCGAGGCCAAGGUCACCCGCAGCCAGUCCUUCGCCAUCCGCGCCAAGCGCAAGGGCCCGCCGCCGCCGCCGCCCAAGCGCCUCAGCUCUGUCUCCAGCACCCUGGCUGCAGAGGCAGACCCCGAGCCGGCCGCCGAGCCCGAACGACGGCCCCUGGCCGCCCCCGGCACGGCCGGCGUCGCCGCGUCCCCCGGCAGGACGGUGAGGAGCCUGGCGGCUGCACUGGAGGAGCCACCCGGGCCCAGUCCACACAAGCCCCUCCUGGCCCCAAAGCCCCUGCAUGUGGCCCAGGACUGUCCCUGCGGAGCGAGCGAGGCCAGUCAGCCCUGCAGCGCCAAUGACUCCGGCCAGGCCGGGCUUGCCGAGGCCGCCAGGGACGCCCUCGAGAGCAGCAAGCCCCGGAGACGGACGGUCAGUGAGCCCAGCGCGCCCAUGACGGAGGCUCUGCAGGGCAGGUGGGAAGAUGCCAGCUCAGACACAGAGGAGGAGGCCAAAGCCGAGGUUUCCACCUCGUCCUCCCAGAACAGCUCCAGCGAGUGCAUCCCCUUUGCAGAAGAAGGCAACUUAACCAUCAAACAGCGACCCAAACCCGCSGGGCAUCUCAAGGCCGACGCAGCCGCUCUGGACUCAGAGCCCAGUUCCCAGACCACAGACCCUCCCUGCUCCACCGAGAAGGAGCCCGGGGGGCCCGUUGGCCCCAAAGAGCCCCCGGUGCUGGAGUUCAACCUCACCGAGUCGGACACGGUGAAGCGCAGGCCGCGCUUCAAGGAGCGGGAGCCGCUGCAGACGGUGCUCAAGGCGUUCGGCGUGGCGGGGCAGRCGGAGGCGGCGGCCCCGGCGCCGCAGUACGCGCAAGCACAGGCCGUGAGCAUCGCGGGCCCCGCCACGCACAGGACGCAGCCGCCCGCCGGCCUCGCCGCCGAUGCCUUCGAUGACGACAACRUGGAGUUCAGGAUCGCCGAGAUCGAGAAGAGCAUCUUGUCCCUGGAGAAGGGCAUCAAGAAGGCAGCGAGCCCUGUGAAAGCCGCCGGCGCCGCGGAGCUGCUGGGCACCGCUGUGCUGAGGACGCCGACGGCAGAUGUUCCAGCCAAACACACGUCCGUGGCCUCCACCAAGCUGGUGUUCUCCGGGCCCAAGACCAUCUACCAGCAGGUGCUGCAGCCUUCCCGUCACACGGUGGCUCCCUGGGCGGCUGCCGAGGCGCUGCCGGAUGCGAUGGGAGCCCCGGCCGGCGCCCGGAGCCCCGAGGCCGGCGGCAAGAGCUUGGCGAGGCCCUCGGCGGCCGCGCCGGGCGCCGCUCUGGCGCAGCAGCGGCUGGAACAGACCAACUGCACGCUGGCCGCCGCGCUGCAGGCUGCGGAGAAGGAGAUAACGGCCAAAGAGGCGGAGAGCCGCCCCGGCGCCGUGCACUCGGCCAAGAACAUCCUGGAGGACAUCAGCAACAUGUUCGACGACCUGGCCGACCAGCUGGACGCCAUGCUGGACUGAGGCUCCCUCCCUGCCU